AUGGACAGCAAAAAGACUGGUUGGAUGACAGCCUCUCUUGCCUCACUUCUCUGGUUGGUUCCAGAAGAUGUUGCUGUAAACCAUUCUACUUCUAAUGUAAAAAUUGUUGGAGAUGAAAGCAAAGUUGCAAGUAAAACAGCAGCAGAGUUAAGAUUGCAGCAAGAUAAAGCCACUUGGAGAGAGACACUCGGGGUACUUCAAAUAGAUGAUGCCCCAGGUAAAUCUGACGCUUGCAAUGGAGUGGGCAGCAACAGUGACGUAGAUAUAGGUAGCAUUGAUGGAGAUAUGAAGGAGGAAGCAGAGGAGGAAGAGGAGGAACGAAUGAUUGGAAGCACAUUUAGUGUUGAUGAUAAUGAUGAUGAUGAUGACGGCGAUGACGGCGGCGAUGACGGCGGCGAUGACGGCGGUGAUGACGAUGGCGGCAGUGAUUAUAUUAACGGUGAUAAUAGUGAUUAUGGUCAUGAUAGUGACGAUGAUAUCAGCGAUGAUUAUUAUCAUAUAAAAGAAAGAAAUAUCCGCAUUGAUAAUUAA